UUUUGCUUGAAUGCUCAUCUCUAAGAAAAAGUACAGAAACUGAAUCAGUGAUUAUUCGAAUAGUGUUUGAUAAACCAACAAAUAAUCAAAUAUAGGGAUAUAUGAACAAAUCAUUUCCUUGCAUUAUUCUGAUUGAAGAACUGCUGCAUCAAUACUAUCAUCGAUUAGCGUUGCGCAUCACGUUGUAAAAGAGGGACACACCAAAUCAAUGACCGUGUACAAAACGCAACACGUGUCGUCCUCGUCAUCUUCAGAAAACUAAGAGUCAACAGAUGUUCACGUGGCAAAUAACUCCUUAUAGACCUAAGGGAUAAAGAUGGCUCGUGUUUUUAUUUUCCUAGUUGUGUCUCUCUCGUUUGGGGCUUCUCAGGAUCUUACAACGGUUAUGAAUUUUGAGAAGUUUUUCCGGAUGGAAGAGGAACUUCUGACUCUCUCAGAUUUGAUUGUGAAGCAGGAGUUACGGAGUCACGAAGAAGAUGUCCAUCAGUUAGCCAACAUAACGGGGGUGCUUGAAAACGUUAAAGCCAUUCAUAAAGACGUGGGGAGGAAUGUAGUAGGGUAUAUCAGUCAUCCCAUCAACCAGUUUCAUUUAACCAGACGGCUUUACCAUAACUGGCGGGAAAUUCUACAACAUAUAUUACAUAGUGAUACAUGUGUGAAAGCAUUAAAAGUAAAAUUACAAAAUAUAGAGGACAAUGUCCCUAGUAAAGACGUGUUCGAUACCAUUGCCAGUACUAUUUCUGCUCUGCAGCGGUAUAAAAGCUUCACUAUAGAUCAGAUUAUGAAUGGAAAUAUAGCAGAAGCGAAGCCGCUACAGAAACUCACUUUGGCUGACGCCUUCGACAUUGCACAAGCAUCUUAUGAGAAGGAGGAAAUGUAUUAUGCCAUUGAGUGGUUAAAAUACAUUGUUGAUGAAGUAAAAGCAAAUCGCAUCUCUGAUAUUGACGACCAAAUAUCAGCAGCUGCGGUAUUUCAUUUGCUAUCCAAUGCUUAUUUUAAGGCUGGUUUUAUCAAAGAAGCACAGACGACAUUAGCAGACUUGCUUCGUUUUGAUCCAAGCAACGCUGCUGCCAAAAGAAACCUGGAAUACUUACAGAUCAGCAAAGUCUUGGCCAAUCCCGCCCAGUUAAAACCAAAAACACCUUCAAAGAAGAGCAGGAGACUGUACGAGGAACUUUGCAGAUCAGAAGAGAAAACGAUAAUUUCAAAAUCAUCGAGAUUAAAGUGCGUGUACUUUCCUUUGAGAAGUCCAGUUCCAUACAUGAAAUCUGAUGUCAGAGCGGAAGUAUUGAACCGAUCUCCUCUGAUUGUCGUGUUUUACGACAUGAUAGAUAAUGGAACUGCCAUGGCAAUCUCUUACAUGGGACACAAAAAGCUGAUGGAUGCCUCAACAGUGAGAAGAUACUCAGACGUGAGACACAAUGCAGCAGUUUAUGACACGACUUAUUGGAAAUGGAUUCCAAAUUUACAAACCAAAUUCUCCAAAUUGAAAUUAAGUCACUUCCCCCCAGUUUUAUUUUCAUACAGGACGUUUAAUAUUGGAACAGAAGGGGAAUUGAUGAACAACGAACUAGCGCAAAAAGACCAAGUCAUGGGAGUUUUCAUUUCAUUUCUUACGGAUUCUACAGUAGGGGGAGAGCUCGUAUUUCCCUUGUCUAAGAUUAAGAUUCCGGUUACAAAGGGCAAUGUUGUAUUUGCGGAGUACAAAGCACGGAUGGGGAUAUGUCCUGUUUACUUUGGAUCUCAGUGGUAUGGUAGUCAAACUCUGUAUGAGAAGAUUCAACCAGAAAUAUGUCCUUUGAAGCAAAGAAUCCCCAGAUUUUAUUGAAAGAAUUAAUUAACUGUGCCAAAGAGUAAAUCAGAACAAGAGUAAAAUCUUAUAAAUUUAUUAACAAAUUGCGUAGACUUUGCACAUGCAAUAUUUUGAAUACAUGUACAUGUUAAUAAACAAGUUUUAAAACAUAUAUCAAAUGUAUAUACUAUAAAAAGUAUAAAGUAUAAAGAAAAAAAUUAACAAAAUAGCUGGCAU